AUGGUGCGCCUUCGAGAAGUGCCACGAACGGCUACCUUUGCCUGGUCUCCGGGCUCAGGAAAGCCUCUCCUGGUGACUGGUACUCGUGCCGGUGCGGUGGACGCUGAUUUCUCAGAUGAAAGCAAAUUAGAGCUAUGGGAUCUUUCCCUGGAUGAUCAACUGCAAGGGUUGGAGCUCCAGCCAUUAGCCAGCAUCACCACCGAGUCUAGAUUUUAUGACAUUGCCUGGGGAUCUGCGGAUUCCGACCAUCCAAAGGGUAUCAUUGCCGGCGCACUCGAGAAUGGUUCCCUCGAGCUCUGGGACGCCGCGAAGCUUGAGGCUGGUGCUCCUGAUGCGCUCAUCUCACAGACCAACAAGCACACUGGUGCCAUCAAGGCUCUGCAGUUCAAUCCUCUAAAACCACACAUUCUGGCUACCGGCGGAGCCAAGGGCGAGCUGUACAUAUUCGAUGUCAACGACAUUGAGAACCCCUUCAGACUGGGCAACGUUGCUGCUCGAUCUGACGAUAUUGAAUGCCUGGCUUGGAACCGAAAAGUGUCACACAUCUUGGCCACUGGCGGGGCCGGAGGCUUUGUAACGGUAUGGGAUCUGAAGACGAAGAAGGCUUCACUCACUCUCAACAACAACCGAAAGGCCGUAAGCGCCAUUGCUUGGGAUCCGAACAACUCCACCAAGCUCCUGACAGCCACCCCCGAUGACAAUACGCCAGUCUUGCUGUUGUGGGACUUGCGCAACUCCAAUGCCCCCGAGAGGACUCUUCAGGGCCAUGAACAGGGCAUUCUGUCGCUUUCAUGGUGCAGCCAAGACAGCGACUUGCUUCUGUCUUCUGGUAAAGAUAACCGCACGCUAGUCUGGAAUCCUCAAACGGGCGACAAGUACGGCGAGCUGCCCGAGAUGACAAACUGGACUUUCCAGACUCGGUUCAAUCCUCACAACCCCAACCUGUCUGCCACGGCCAGCUUCGACGGCAAGAUCACCAUCCAGACCCUGCAGAACACCAACCCAGACACGUCCCAGACCCCAGCGGAGAAGAACUUGGAUGGCGAGGAAUUCUUCCGAGCCGCCCAGACGCAGCCGCAGGGCGCAUCUUGGUCUCUCAAUAAGGCACCCAACUGGUUCGAACGCCCCGUUGGUGCUACGUUUGCGUUUGGCGGAAAGAUUGUCAUCUUCAAGGCCAACCCAUCGCAGCCUGGACAGAAGCGUUCCUCCAAGAUUGCCAUUGCCAAGUUCUCUGCUGAUGCUGAUGUCUCUGACGCAAGCGCAAAGUUCCAGACCGCACUCGAAUCCGGCGAUGUUGCCGCUAUUUGUGAAGAGCGUGCUUCGCAGGCUCACACCGAGGAAGAGAAGGCUGACUGGAAAGUAAUCGAGACGCUUGCUGGAGACAACCCUCGAGGACAGAUUGUUGAAUAUCUUGGUCUCCAGGAGAAUGAGCUUGUCAAUGGUGAAUCAAAGGCUGACGCCGACGCCGAUGAGAAAAAGACUGAUUCCAAGGCUGACGAAGAGGGCGAGCAAAAGAGCAAGGAAGUUUCCGAUUUCUUUGGUGGAGAUGAGGGUGAUGAUUUCCUGUCGAGUGUUGCAGCUACCAAGGGAGCCAAGACUGACAACCCGUUCCACCUGUUCUCUGAUGGUGACACUUCUGUUGAAAAGAAUAUCACCAAAGCGUUGAUGUUGGGUGACUUUGCCAAAGCCACCGACAUCUGUCUCAAGGAGCAGAGAAUUGCAGACGCCUUCUUGAUUGCCAACUGCGGUGGCCAGGAGCUCGUCGACAAGGUCCAGACCGCUUACCUUUCCCAAAAGAGCGGCAUGCCUAGCUACCUGCGUCUAUUGGGAUCUGUCAUUGCGAAGAAUCUCUGGGAUGUAGUUUAUAACGCCGACCUUGAGAACUGGAAAGAAACCAUGGCAAUUGUCUGCACCUUUUCAGAUCCGACCGAGUUCCCUGACCUUUGCGAAGCUCUGGGCGACCGAAUCCAGGAUGGCGGCUCGAGAAAGGAUGCAUCUUUUUGCUAUCUUGUUGGCUCAAAGCUGGAAAAGGUUGUGUCCAUCUGGGUCGCUGAACUCGAGGAAGCUGAAAAGGCCGGUAUGAAGGAGGCUACUGGUGGCUCGACUUUCUCUGUCCACGCUAAAUCCCUACAGAACUUCAUUGAAAAGGUGACUGUAUUCCGACAGGUCACCAAAUUCCAGGAUAGUGAACAAAGCCAGACUUCUGACUGGAAGUUGGCAACCUUGUACGACAAGUACACUGAGUAUGCUGAUAUCCUCGCCAGCCAUGGCCAGCUGGAAGUUGCGCAGAAGUAUCUCGAUCUCUUGCCAUCCAGCUACCCUGCCGCUGAAAUUGCUAGAAACCGUGUCAAGCUGGCGACCAAGAAGCCUGCUGCGCAAGCUGCGACGCGCCAAACCACCACCAGACAGGCCACGUCCAGCACAGCAAGCAGGGUGCAGCAGCCUACCCUUGGUUAUGGUACACCUCAGCCAGCUACGACCGGGUCGCCUGCGAACCCUUAUGGCGGCCUUGGCCAGCCGCACGCUCCCGUCACUCAGACACAGCAGUAUCCGCCACAAAACCAGUAUCAACCUCAGGGUUAUCAACCUUCUAUGGGAUACCAACCUACUACUCAGCCCGCUUAUGGGGGAGGUAUGGUGCCUCCACCACCUAUGGCAGGCGGCCCUCCUCGAAGCUCUUCGUCCACGCCCUCUGCCCCCCCUCCGAACAGAGCUAAAAGCGCGGAGAACUGGAAUGACGUCCCUCUGGUGACCAAGGCCAUGCCUAGGAGAUCUACACCCGUUGCUCCCAUUACUUCGCCCUUCCCUGGAUCGACAAGUCCAACUGCAGGCUCCAGUGCGCCCCCGACUGGACCUCCUCCGCCUGGUGGUUACGGACAUGCAACAUCAGCGGUACCACCUCCUCCUAGGGGUGCGGCUCCUCCUCGAGUGCAGUCGCCGCUGACGGGGCAGACUCAUGGCAUCCCUCCUCCCAGGCCGUCAUCAACCGCCAACCAGUACGCACCUCCUGCACCACAGCCCGGUGCCGUUCCGUCGCCAGUUCCCCAGGUUGUCCCUCGAACAGCAUCUCCUUAUAAUGCUCCCCCUGCUGGCGCACCUCCAUCAAACAGAUAUGCUCCCAGCCCGGCUGCCCAGCGGCCCAACCAGCCUCCUACGUCGGCCAUGCCUCCCCCUCCCUCCGCCGGCAGCCGACCACCACCUCCAGCAAACCCCUACGGAGCGCCUCCUCAACAGACACCUUCGCCAGGCCAGUAUGCUCCGUCGCCAUACGCUCCCCAGCAAGGUCAGGCGGCUGGCCCCCCUCCUGCCGGUCGUCCUCCGUCUGGACCACCACCUUCCAACCUCCCACAGGCUACACCGCCGCCUCCCAAGGCCGCCGCGCCUCCAGCAAAGGCCAAGCAUCCCGCCGGCGACCGUUCGCACAUCCCGGCUCAUGCUCAGCGUUUAGUUGACGUUCUGAGCCAAGACAUGCAGCGCGUUGCGGCCAAGGCGCCUGCCACCUUUGCUGCCCAGGUCAACGACACGCAAAAGCGACUGAAUCUGUUAUUUGAUCAUCUCAACAACGAAGAGCUCGUUCAGCCGGCCACUAUUGACCAGCUCACACAAUUGGCAGACUCUAUUCAAGCAAAGGACUAUGCCGCGGCGCAGAAGCUGCAAGUUGAGAUUCAGAGAGACAAAACUGAAGAGUGCGGCAACUGGAUGGUCGGUGUCAAGCGUCUCAUUAGCAUGAGCAAGGCUACUCCCUAG